UGGAUGGCGUCUUUUUUUCUCUCUCCAGUUGUCGGUGAAGGCGGAGGACAAGGUCGAGGGGCGUCUCCGAUGACGGGUCCCCAGGAUCCGCCCGCCGGCAGUUUUCAUGGCAUCCCAAGGUCCUUCACCUCUUAUACCCCUUGUCGUGUCUCUGAGUAGAGACACACUGUUUUCCUCAUGUUCAACGUCUCGAAUUCUCAAGUAUCGUUUCGGUCUGGACAUCCUUAGGUCUUUCCAUGGCGGUCACCUCGCUCAACCCCGGAUUGCAGGACGCCUUAUGGCCCUGUUGCAGCUGCUGCCGGCAGAUCUGGUUACCUUCUCUGGGACAGUUUAGCCCCCAAUGCCUCGGUGUCCUCGGCCACAUCCCAUUUUGGACUGCCAUCGUGACAGUUGCUAUCCGCUAUGGCGCCCGUUCUCUAUGGAACGCCUACCGUCCCGUCUGGCUGCGCAGGUUCGCAGCCGAGAAGGACGCAUCCCCGCCGAGUGUGUCUGACCUGGAGCCCGGCACCGGCACAGCGUCGGCUGGCAAGUCAUGGACGCCUUGGACGUUUUCCCUUUUAUUGUUGAGCGUGGGUGCCAUUGCUUUGGGGAGCGUUGGUGCCGCGGUAUGGCCAGAGUACGCUCAACUUUGCUUGGCCUCUGUCAUUCCAAAUUUCAUUUCUUGUCUGAUACUCGUUCUUGAGCGCCCCAGGACCGUUCCCGGGGCUGUUUUUUUCAUCAACAGCGUUCUUCUUCUUACAGAAUCGAUCGUUCUCACACUCAUACCGAAUGGACCAAAUGUCUCCUCUGAGAACUCACCGCGGACCCUUUCCUGGGCCGCGGGGGUUUGUCUGCCCUUAGUAUCUCUCGUUCUGAUGCUCAACAUGCCCCUGAGGGACCCCUUACUAGACAGCACUAGUAUCGGCAAGCCGUUUGCUGAACCAACCCAUACCGCCCGCAGCCCCGAAGACAUGAUCACCCUUUGGCAGUGGAUGACGAUCUCCUGGAUGGCGCCUCUUAUCAACCUUGGCUACAAAAGACAGCUCCAUAACGAGGAUGUCUGGUUUCUCUCAUACGAGUUUCAGCACAACAGGUUACACAUGCUGUUUCGGGAAAUAACUGGUACCGUCUUCGUCAGGUUGCUGAAGGCCAAUGGUCUCGAUAUCAUCAUCACCACCGCGCUCGGGGUCUUCGAGAUGUUGCUCGAGCUCGCCGAACCUGUGCUGCUCAAACAACUGCUCGCCGUGUUGACCUCUGAGCAGCCGGGCAUCCGGCCCGCCCUCGUUUACGCCGCAAUUACCCUGUUCGCGAGGCUGAUCAGAACUCAGUCGGGGGUGUUCAGUCUGUGGUACUGCCGACGCAACUAUGAGCGGGCUCGAGGUGAAAUGAUCACCAUGAUACAUGAGAAGACCCUUCGUAGGAAGGCCUUUACGUUUCCCAGCAGUGACGAGCGCCGACAGGAGCCACCGGAAGAGCAGACCUCUCCUUCGGCCGGCAUCUCCACUGCGACAACGCUCACCGACGACGAGUCUAGCAAUCACGACAGCGACACAGAUUCUAACCCCCCUGAGCGUUCCAAGUUCCAAAGGUUCAAAUCCCUCAUCCAUCGGCGGUACACAAAUCUCAGAUCCAACCAAGCACCACCCUCCUCUCCAGAACCCACCUCCUCGUCCCCGGCAUCAACAGGCAAAAUCCUCAACAUCCUCCGCAACGACGCCUACGAAGUCGCCCAGCGCUUCUGGGAAGCCCCGAACCUGACGACCAGGCCCCUCAGCUUUCUCCUCUCGCUCGUCCUCGUCUGGCGCAUCCUCGGCCCAGCCUCGCUCUCGGGCGUCCUGGUCCUGCUCGCCGGCAUGGCCCUUAACGUGCUGCUCACGCGCCUGCUCCUGCGCGUCGAGCGCGUCCGCCGCGAUCUUACCGACGCUAAGCUGCAGCGCACGAGCGAAUUUGUCGAGGCCAUUCGCCAUCUGCGGUGGUAUGCCUGGCAGGAUGCCUGGCUGCGCUCCGUCAUGGAGAGCCGCGGGGCCGAGCUGGCGAGGCGAGUGCAGAGUAAUGUCGUCGUCAAGGCCAUUGCGACGGUGAACUCGCUCGCGGCGUAUCUGUUUCCAGUAGCCGCGUUCUGGGCGUACACAGUGCUGAGUGGCAGGCCGUUGACGGUCGAUGUGGCGUUCCCGGCGCUGGACUUGUUUGCCAUGCUGCAGAAUAGCCUGAGGGAGCUGCCGGAUUUGGUUACGGUACUGCUGAACGCGAAGGUGGCAAUGGCGAGGAUUGAGGCGUUCAUGUUGGAGCCGGAGAAGGAGGACCUGGAUGGGGAUUUGAUGGGUGGUGGUGGUGCUCGAGAUCAAGACAUUGGGCCCCUUGGGGGGUUGGAGAUCGUGUUGAAAGAGGCGUCGUUUUCUUGGCCAGGGUCGGCGAAGGUUGUGCUGGAGGACGUGUCGGUGGUGUGCAAGCCGGGCUUAACGCUUGCCUGUGGCAAGGUGGGCAUCGGCAAGACGGCUCUGUUGCAGGCGAUUCUUGGGGAGCUGGAUCAGCACGGCGGUGAACGGACAGUGCCGCGCGAGAUGAUCGGGUACUGCGCCCAGACGCCCUGGCUUGAGAGCAUGAGCAUCCGGGAGAACAUUCUGUUCUCGACGGGGUAUGACAAGACCCGGUUUGAGCAAGUCCUUGAUGCUUGCUGUCUGCGAGACGACCUGGACAAGUUCAGGUGCAAGGACCUUACGUUGAUAGGAGAGAACGGCGUGGGCCUGUCUGGCGGUCAGAAAGCUCGUGUUGCUCUGGCCAGGGCCAUCUACAGCCGGGCACGCAUAUUGCUGCUCGACGACCCCAUCGCGGCGUUGGACCAUCAGACUGCCAGCGCCAUUUUGCGGAACCUGUUCGCAGACAGGAACUCGCCGCUGACGGCCGGCCGGCUCGUCAUUUUGGUCACGCACCGCGUCGACAUCGUUACGCCCUAUGCCAACCAGGUCAUUGAGGUUGCGAAUGGUGGCCGGGUUGAGACGUUCGAUAGGGAAGAGUUGGAAAUUAACAGGGAAGAGCUUGAGCACCUUGCAGAAAUUGCCAGCGCCGCAGCACACGCCACUGAGGACGAUGGCAGCGCGACUGCUGGGGAAGAAGCUGAGCCGGUUCCGGACAAGUUCAUUGAGGACGAGCACCGCGCCCAUGGGGGAGUGCUGGCCUCGGUGUACUGGCAGUAUGUCAAGGCUGGCCGACUGCGCUGGUGGGUUACCAUGAUCGGUUUCUUCCUCCUGUUCCGCGUCGCUAGGAUUGGCUACUUUUGGUUUCUCAAGGAGUGGGGCGAGCAGUACAGAGACAGGCCGGGGGGCAUCUACCGUGUCCAUUUUGCGGGUUUCGGAGGAAACGUGGAGGAUCUGCAACAUGCAGUGACCUCGCACAGUAUCUUUCAGGGGAACGCAGCCUCUGAUCAAAACUGGUUGGACUUGGGCCGAUACCUGCCUCCUCCGAGCACCGAUGUGCGGCCUUGGCUCGUAGGGUUUCUGAUCCUGUCACUUGGCCAAGUGCUCACCCAGGUCUGUUCGGACGCGGCGCUUGUAGUCAUCAUCUACAAAGCCGGCAAGAACCUGUUUGAGAGAGCUAUGGAUGGGGUAUCCAACGCCACAUUCCGGUUCUACGACGUUACGCCUGUCGGGCGUCUCAUGAACCGGCUGACGUCGGACAUGGGCACGGUAGACGGGCAGAUCGCGGGCCAGCUGAUGUCGGUGGCGUGGUACGCACUCGGCUGGCUCUCAUCGAUGGCCGUCAUCUCCACAGUAACGCCCUCAUUUCUCGUCAUCAGUAUCGCCAUGACGGUCAUGUUUGUCUUGAUCUUUGACCGCUUCCUGCCCACUUCGCAGUCACUCCGCCGGCUCGAGACAGUCUCCCUGUCGCCGCUGAUGUCCAACUUUGGCACCCUCGUUGAAGGACUCACGACGGUGCGAGCGUUCCGCGCCGAACCGCAUUUCCAGAACCGCAUCAUUGCGAGCACCGACUCGUUCCAGAAGUUCGACCACUUCUUCUGGUGUCUUCAAGCCUGGCUGCAGUAUCGUUUUGACCUGCUCUCGGCGGUAAGCACGUUUGCCCUGACGCUGACCGCCAUCCUGUCUGGGCUGUCCAGCGGCACCGUCGGCUUCGUGCUUGCCUCGGCGUCCAACUUUGUCCAAUCCACCCACAGCCUUUGCCGCAAAUACGGCGAGAUGCAGAUGCAGUUCGUCAGCGUGGAGCGCGUCAUUGAGCUGCUGGGUCUCGACCAGGAGCCCCGUGGGACCGUCAGCCCGCCCGCCUCGUGGCCGCAUUACGGCGAUGACAUCGUUUUCGACAACGUCACCCUCUGCUACGCGCCCAAUCUCGAUCCCGUGCUGACCAAUGUGAGCUUCAUCAUCCCAGGCGGUGCCAACGUGGCCGUGACGGGCCGCACUGGCUCAGGAAAGAGCACACUUGCGCUCAGCCUCCUCGGCACACUUCACCCGGACCCAAACACGGGCGGGAGCAUCCGCAUCGGCGCUAUCGACCUCGCUAGCGUGGACAAGGACGCGCUCCGGCGGAACAUCACCUUUGUCGCCCAAGACCCCGUACUCUUCCCCGGCACGCUGCGCGACAACCUCGACCCGCUCGACGAGCGCGACGAGGCGGAGCGGGCGGACGUGCUCGCGCGCGUGCUGGGCGGGUCGGGCAGCAGCUUCACGCUCGACAGUCGCGUCAACGGCGGAGGCAAGAACCUGUCGCAGGGCCAGAGGCAGCUGGUUGGUCUCGGCAGGGCCAUCUUGCGGCGCAGCCCCGUGGUGAUCCUGGAUGAGGCGACGGCGUCGAUUGACGGCGAGACGGCCGGGUAUAUACAGCGGUUGCUGAGGGAGGAGCUGAGGCAUAGCACCGUGAUUACUAUUGCGCACAAGGCCGAGGCGGUGCAGGAUGCGGAUUUUGAGAUUGUGCUGGAUCGGGGGAGGGUGGUCCGGGCCGCGCCGAGGGGAGCGAGGUUGGAGCGGGGGUUGUGAAUUUGGAAGUUGUUGGGCUCACUGGUUGGGGAGAUGUUUCUUCGUUUGUCAUGGUUAUGACAGGCUGAGUAGACUACAGGUUAGAGGAAGCGAUCUGGGUUUUGAGAUUUACUUAGUUCCUUUUUGUUCCAAGAAGUCCUGG